AUGGAUAUAGGGACUUUGGAUCCUUUGGACCCAUACGAUUUCCUACCUGUUCCCUUGCCACUACCACUAGAGAUUAUUUCCGCUAUUGCAUCAUCAAAUGUCGCAGAGCUUGUCUCAAGAGUCACUUUGAAGAACGAUUGGCUUGCCGAGGAUGUUUUGAGGGUGUUUAGUGUACGAAUGCUAGAUGCUCAUGAAAGAACGCACUGCGUCACCGAACAUUGGCUUCCUAAAGCACUUGACGCGGCAAGAGGACUUGAUGCGUCGUUUAAACGGACUGGAACACGGUCAGGAGCUCUUCAUGGAGUGCCAAUUGCCAUAGAGGAGAAUGUGGAGUACAAGGACACUGAUUCCACCAUGGGCUUUGAUAAUCUGGAAUCUCACCAACCUGCCAGAUCUCAUGCUUAUGUAGCCCGGAUUCUGGAGGAAUUGGGUGCUGUUACAUCUUGCAAGACUAAUGUUGGACACGGUUUUAUGUCGCUCGAGACUCAGAAUCCUGUGUAUGGAGCUACUACGCACCCAGAUGAUGCGAGGAUGAGUAGUGGUGGUAGUUGCGGAGGCAUGGCAGCUCUCAUCGCAUCAAGAGGUGCUCCUAUAGGCUUCGCAAUGGAUCUGAAUGGCUCUAUUUCAAUGCCUGCAUCGUUUUGUGGUGUGUAUAGUCUGCGACCAUCAAGUGGCCGAUUGCCCACUGUCGGAAUACGACAGCCUAUACCUGGCAUUAUACCCAAAGCCUCUCUAGGAUGCAUGUCCAAUAGCAUUGAAUCUAUACGAUACACCAUGAAGGCCGUCAUCCAGCGUUUGGAAACCUUGCCUUCAUAUGAUUGUUAUGAUCCAAGCUUUGUACCGAUACCGUGGAAAUCUAGUCAUGAACAGCUGCCAAAGAAACUCACGUUUGGGUUUUAUUUGUCUGAUGGGUUUGUGAAGGCAAGCCCACCAUGUAGCAGAGCGGUGCUAGAGAUUGUGGAUUCGUUACGACGACAAGGACACAGUGUCGUUGAAUUCAAGGUUCCAAACGUGUUGGAGGCUGUACAUAUCUACUACCAACUACUCGCUGCGGACGGGUUUAAAUCAGUUUCAGCUCUGAACGGUGGACAACCUCUGGAUCCAACAAUCUCAUCACUCAUAUCCUUUGCCAAAAUCCCCAACUUUGUCAAAUCACUCAUGGCAUGGUACUUGCUCAAUAUACGGAAGCAACAAGGCUUCGCAUCGCUAUUCACUGCAAUGAUGAGCAUCAACGUCACAGAGCUAUGGAAGGUUCAUGGGCGUCUACUGGAAUAUCAACAAAGCUUUGGGGAGGCCAUGCAGAGAAGUAAACUCGAUGCCAUUAUAGCACCGACGCAUGUCUUGCCCGGUUUUCUUCUUGGAAGCUCGUCGAAACUUUCGUUUGCUGGAUUCUACUCUGCAUUAUAUUCUCUAUUAGAUUUCACUGUCGGAGACGUACCAGUAACUCGAGUAAGAUCGUCUUUGGACGUGAUCUCACACGGAAAUGAGCAACACAAUAUGCUUGAGCAGCUUGCACUCAAGCACUAUCUACCUAACGCGUUUGAUCAGCUGCCCGUGGGUGCACAGAUCGCUACAGGUCGAUAUCAGGAAGAGAAGACAUUAGCUGUGAUGGAGGUUGUACGUGAUGCUCUAGCUAAUAAUAAUGACCACGUGUAUAUAAAAAUCCGCUUCAUCCUAGUCCAAAACCGACAAGGCAAGACACGACUCUCAAAGUGGUAUAUGCCAUUCGAGGACGACGAGAAGCUGAAACUGAAAGCCGAAGUCCAUAAAUUAAUUGCUGCUAGGGAUCAGAAACAUCAGUCUAAUUUCGUUGAGUUCAGGAAUUACAAGAUCGUGUAUAGGAGAUACGCAGGACUCUUCUUUUGCUUUUGCGUUGAUACGAAUGAUAACGAGUUGGCGUAUUUGGAGGCCAUUCAUUUCUUUGUUGAAGUGCUGGAUUCAUUCUUUAAGAAUGUUUGUGAAUUGGAUCUAGUGUUUAAUUUCUACAAGGUGUAUGCAAUUCUCGAUGAAGUGUUUCUAGCUGGUGAAAUACAAGAGACAAACAAAACUCUGAUACUGAAUCGACUGGACUUUCUCGACAAACUUGAAUAA